GAGCCUAACGCCCCCAAGCGGCUGGAGGCACUGGGCGGGGCGUCAUUUGCAUAACGGCCGCCCCUCGGUCUCCCUGCCCGGGGCCGGAGUCCCGCCCCUCUCCCAACUAGCUAUCUGUUGGACCGCCGGCUGGUCACUCGGACCAGUCAGGAUGUCCGCCCGCGGCCCGGCUAUCGGCAUCGACCUGGGCACCACCUACUCGUGCGUGGGGGUCUUCCAACAUGGCAAGGUGGAGAUCAUCGCCAACGACCAGGGUAACCGCACCACCCCCAGCUACGUGGCCUUCACGGACACGGAGCGCCUCAUCGGCGACGCGGCCAAGAACCAGGUGGCCAUGAACCCCACGAACACCAUCUUCGACGCCAAGAGGCUGAUCGGGCGCAAGUUCGAGGACGCCACGGUGCAGUCCGACAUGAAGCACUGGCCGUUCCGGGUGGUGAGCGAGGGGGGGAAGCCCAAGGUGCAGGUGGAGUACAAAGGGGAGAUGAAGACCUUCUUCCCGGAGGAGAUCUCCUCCAUGGUCCUCACCAAGAUGAAGGAGAUCGCCGAAGCCUACCUGGGGGGCAAGGUGCAGAGCGCGGUCAUCACGGUGCCGGCCUACUUCAACGACUCGCAGCGCCAGGCCACCAAGGACGCGGGCACCAUCACGGGCCUCAACGUGUUGCGCAUCAUCAACGAGCCCACAGCGGCGGCCAUCGCCUACGGCCUGGAUAAGAAGGGCUGCGCCGGGGGCGAGAAGAACGUGCUCAUCUUCGACCUGGGCGGCGGCACGUUCGACGUGUCCAUCCUGACGAUCGAGGACGGCAUCUUCGAGGUGAAGUCGACGGCCGGCGACACCCACCUGGGCGGCGAAGACUUCGACAACCGCAUGGUGAGCCACCUGGCGGAGGAGUUCAAGCGCAAGCACAAGAAGGACAUUGGGCCCAACAAGCGCGCCGUGCGCCGGCUGCGCACCGCCUGCGAGCGCGCCAAGCGCACCCUCAGCUCGUCCACGCAGGCCAGCAUCGAGAUCGACUCGCUCUACGAGGGCGUGGACUUCUACACGUCCAUCACCCGCGCCCGCUUCGAGGAGCUCAACGCCGACCUCUUCCGGGGGACCCUGGAGCCGGUGGAGAAGGCGCUCCGCGACGCCAAGCUGGACAAGGGCCAGAUCCAGGAGAUCGUGCUGGUGGGCGGCUCCACCCGCAUCCCCAAGAUCCAGAAGCUGCUGCAGGAUUUCUUCAACGGCAAGGAGCUGAACAAGAGCAUCAACCCGGACGAGGCGGUGGCCUACGGCGCCGCCGUGCAGGCGGCCAUCCUCAUCGGCGACAAGUCGGAGAACGUGCAGGACCUGCUGUUGCUCGACGUGACCCCGCUGUCGCUCGGCAUCGAGACGGCCGGCGGCGUCAUGACCCCGCUCAUCAAGAGAAACACCACGAUCCCCACCAAGCAGACGCAGACCUUCACCACCUACUCGGACAACCAGAGCAGCGUGCUGGUGCAGGUGUACGAGGGCGAACGGGCCAUGACCAAGGACAAUAACCUCCUGGGCAAGUUCGACCUGACCGGGAUCCCCCCGGCGCCCCGCGGGGUCCCCCAGAUUGAGGUCACCUUCGACAUCGACGCCAACGGCAUCCUGAACGUCACCGCCGCCGACAAGAGCACCGGUAAAGAAAACAAAAUCACCAUCACCAACGACAAGGGGCGUCUGAGCAAGGACGACAUUGACCGCAUGGUGCAGGAGGCCGAGCGGUACAAAUCGGAGGACGAAGCCAACCGCGAUCGCGUGGCCGCCAAGAACGCGGUCGAGUCGUACACCUACAACAUCAAGCAGACGGUGGAAGACGAGAAACUGAGGGGCAAGAUUAGCGAGCAGGACAAAAACAAGAUCCUCGACAAGUGUCAGGAGGUGAUCAACUGGCUCGACCGGAACCAGAUGGCAGAAAAAGACGAGUACGAACACAAGCAGAAAGAGCUCGAGAGAGUGUGCAACCCAAUCAUCAGCAAACUUUACCAAGGCGGUCCCGGCGGCGGCGGCUCCUCCGGAGGACCCACCAUCGAGGAAGUGGACUAGGCUUGCGCUGGAGUCCGCGUAAACCUCUUUUCCUUUUUUUUUUUUUUCUUUUUUUCUUUUUCUUUCUUUUUUUUUCUUUCUCCCCCCCCCCCCCACCUUUUUCUCCCUCUUGUUUUGGUUUCUUUGAGAUGUCCUCGUGCCAAGUAAGAUCUAUUGUUGGAAGUCUUGUGCCUGUUGCGUACAUAUGAAAGGAAAGGUGCAGCAACUCAGUUCAGUUCUAAAAGGUUCGUUCUAAAGUUUGAUUUGGGGGAAAAGUGAGGUUUCCCUUGGGUGCAUUUAAAGUGGUUGCUGGCUUGAGCACGUUUUUGGGGUUAAGCUUAGUUUGUACGCGGAGAGUUGCUCGGAGGGGGAAACCUGAUGUUUGCACACCUGUCCUAUGGAAGCAUGCUAACACCAAGCUACAGGGAAGCUUGAGUUGUUUUAUUUUUACGUACUACUUUGAGAUUAAAGUAAACACUGCAGUAAUUUUACAGACAGGUAUAUUCUGUGAACACAUGAAUGCAAAUUUAAAGUAAAGCUGAAAAUUGAUCUCAAAA